CCCCUGACGUCCACAAGCAGGGAGGCUCAAAUUUGACACUCGUUCUGUUUUCUUGAGGUGCACGUCUGACGUGGAAAUUGCAGCGAAAAUCCGAGUGAAUUUUGCGUUUUGUCGCGAAUUAUGCUGUAAAAGUUGUGCCGCGCCGUGAACGACAUUUCAGUGAUUCCAAACUAGCGUACGCGAAGCAGCAGCAGCAGAUUAAAAGCAUCAUCACUUGCGUUGCUGAUAAUGAAUCCCCCGAUGAGUGCGUACGGGCAGCCGCCCCAAGGGUGGCCACAGCAAGGCGUAGGACAAGCGGCGGCAGCAGCGCCACCACCUUUGCCGCCCGUCAAUGGGGCUCCGCAAAACCUUCCAAACCAAUUCCAGAACAUGUCCCUCGGUGGCCCUCCACUCAAGCACGAGCAGGCCCCUUUCCCGAACCAGCCGAUGGUCGGCCGCCCACCUUCCGGCGCGCCACCUGUCGCACCUGGUGGCGGCAUUCCCGGUGGUUUUCCACAUCAGCAGCAGCAGCCGGGUCAACCACCGCUGCAAAAUGGUCCUCCGCCAGUCGGCCAGCCUCCGGGAAUGGCGGCCAGACCACCCGUCGCUCCGAACUACGGCCUUCCCAACGGUCAUCAGCAAAGCAUGCAGCCUAAUCAACCCGGAAUGCCACCCAAUCCGAUGGUUCCGGGUCAACCUCCCAUGCAGUAUGCUCCAACGCAGCCCAUGGGCGGACCUCCCAGACCGGGUCAACCGAUGCCGGCCAUGGGCCAGCAACCCAACUAUCCUCCUCAGCCGUAUCAACAACAGCAGCCGCCCCAACAAUUUGCUCCGCCACCACUUCAAGCUCAACCGCAAUUUCCCCCGCAGCAACAGCAGCAGCAGCCGUAUCCCGGUCAACCGGGAAUGCCACCCAUGCCGGCAGCUCCCGGCCAAUACGCACCGGGUGGUCCCGGAAUGCAGCAACCUCCGAUGAGUGGCCCUGGCAUGCCGCCGAACGCCGCUCCCGGGGGCUAUCCGAUGCAGCCCGGCCAGAUGCCACCGCAGAUGCAGCAGGGUGGAGGCGCUCCGCCGCACAUGUUGCCACCCCACAGUCGCGGUUAUAAUCAGCAACCUGGUCCGCAAGGGUACGGUCAGAUGCCGGGUCAGCAGGGUCCGCAUUAUCCGCCUGCGCCGGCACCGCCGGCCCAGAAUCGACUGGAUCCGGACAGCAUGCCCAAUCCGAUUCAGGUGAUGAGCGAGAAUCAACGCUCGUGCGGUGGAGAGUUUGCGACGAACGCGGCCGGACUGGUGCCGCCGUUGGCCACGACCAAGUUCAUCACCCAGGACCAGGGUAACUCUGGGCCGCGUUACAUGCGUUCGUCGAUGUACAACGUCCCGGUCAACACGGACAUGAUGAAGCAGAGUGCGGUUCCGUUCGCGUUGAUCGUUUCGCCGUUUGCUCGUGCCGCCGAGAAGGAGCUGGCCCCGCCGAUCGUCAACUUUGGCGAGCUGGGACCGAUUCGGUGCAUCCGCUGCAAGGCCUACAUGUGUCCGUUUAUGCAGUUCAUCGACGGUGGACGUCGCUUCCAGUGUUUGCUUUGCAAGGCCACAACGGAAGUUCCGGCAGAGUACUUCCAGCAUCUGGACCACACCGGCCAGCGAAUGGACAAGUACGAGCGCCCGGAGCUGGUGCUGGGAACGUACGAGUUUGUGGCCACCAAGGACUACUGCCGGAACAACACUCCGCCGAAGCCACCGGCGAUGGUGUUCGUGAUUGACGUGUCGUACAACAACGUCAAGUCCGGGCUGGUUCAUUUGCUGUGCGCGGAGAUCAAGAACAUUAUACGCCACCUGCCCGUGGAUGAGGGCCAGGAGCGCACCUCGAUGAAGGUCGGCUUCAUCACCUACAACAGCUCGGUUCACUUUUACAACUGCAAGAGCAGCCUCGCUCAGCCCCAGAUGAUGGUCGUCGGCGAUGUCCAGGAGAUGUUCAUGCCCCUGCUGGACGGCUUCCUCGUCGAUCCGGAAGAGUCCAGCGUCGUGAUCGACGCGCUGAUGCAGCAAAUCCCGAAGAUGUUUGGCGACACGCGCGAAACCGAAACCAUCCUGCUGCCGGCGCUGCAGGCCGGCCUGGAGGCGCUCAAGGCGUCGGACUGCGCCGGCAAGCUGUACGUGUUCCACUCGUCGCUGCCGACGGCCGAAGCGCCCGGCAAGCUGAAGGCCCGCGACGACCGCAAGCUGCUCGGCACGGACAAGGAGAAGACGGUGCUGACGCCCCAAUCGACGGUGUACAACAUGCUCGGCCAGGAGUGCGUCGGUGCGGGCGUUUCCGUGGAUCUGUUUAUCAUGAACAACUCGUACAUCGAUCUGGCGACCAUCGGGCAGGUGUCCCGGUUGACCGGAGGUGAAAUCUACAAGUACACCUACUUCCAGGCCGAUAUCGACGGGCAGCGGCUGGUGAACGACCUGAUCAAGAACAUCUCGCGGCCGAUCGCGUUCGACACGGUGAUGCGCGUGCGUACGUCCACCGGCAUCCGGCCGACCGACUUCUUUGGGCACUUUUUCAUGUCCAACACGACAGACAUGGAGAUUGCCAGCGUUGAUUGUGACAAGUCGUUGGCGAUCGAGAUCAAGCACGACGACAAGCUGACCGACGAGAACGUGUUCAUCCAGGUGGCGCUGCUGUUCACAUCCUGCUCGGGCCAGCGCCGGCUGCGCGUGCUCAACCUUAGCCUGAAGACGUGCAACCAGCUGGCGGAUUUGUUCCGCAGUUGCGACCUGGACACGACCAUUCUGUUCUUCGCCAAGCAGGGCCUGUUCAAGCUGCUGGAGAACAACCCGAAGGCGAUCAAGGACAGCCUGAUCACGAGGGCGGCCCAGAUUCUGGCCUGCUACCGGAAGAACUGCGCAUCGCCCACGUCCGCCGGCCAGCUGAUCCUGCCGGAGUGCAUGAAGCUGCUGCCGCUGUACAUUUCGUGUCUGCUGAAGAACGACGCCUUCUCGGGGGGUUCGGACCUCACGCUGGACGACCGAUCGUACGUGAUCUACUUUGUGCAGAGCAUGGAUCUGCUGACGUCGGUGCGGUACUUUUACCCGCGGUUGAUGGCGGUGCACGACGUCAACGUGGAGGACUCGAAUGUUCCGGCGGCCAUCCGGUGCACGGCGGACAAGAUGAUGGAGGAUGGUGCUUACAUUUUGGAAAACGGUAUUCACAUGUUCAUGUGGCUCGGUCUGGGCCUGUCGCCCGAGUUUACGCAGUCGGUCUUUGGCGCGCAGUGCACCCAGCAGAUCGACACCGACCGUACGGGUUUGCCAGUAUUCGAUAAUCCGCUGUCGAAGCGCGUUCGCGGCAUCGUCGACAGCAUACAGAACGAGAAGCACCGGUGCAUGAGGCUCACCCUGGUCAAGCAGCGGGACAAGCUGGAGAGCGUGCUGCGUCACUUCCUGGUCGAGGAUCGCGGCAUGAGCGACGGUUCCGCCAGCUACGUGGACUUUCUGUGUCACAUGCACAAAGAAAUCCGAACGUUACUGAGCUAGCUGGAUUACAACGGGAACAGUUUCAGCAGUCGCUUCAGAUUUACCCACAACAACAACAGUAGCAACAACAACAACCGAAUCAACUCAAAUAACGCAGCGUCAACGAUCAACAACAACAACGUUGCCAAUUGUCAGCGGUACGUACAGCCCUGCCAUCAUUACGCCGCUCCGCAACCGCCUCCACCCUGUGAUGAUGGGGAGGACGACGACGACGACGGAAACGACACGAUCGAGGAGGAAAACGAAGAUGAUGGCGAGGACGAGGAAACGGUAACGACGGAGGAAGUGUACCAGCAGCACUGUGGCGGCGGCGGCGGUCGGAGCAUCUCGCAGAAUCGGACCCGGGCGCUGCGGUACCGGAAAGCAUUCAUGGGAAAGUGGUAAUAGUUUUAAACACUGUUUCUUAUUAUACAUUUAUUAUUUUUUACUACUUUACGAUUAUUUUUCCACUUUAGAAGUAUAUAUAUAUUUAAACGAAAAAGAAAACCAACCAACCCCCAACCAAUCUGUACUAGCGGUGUGUUUUGACUAGAUGUUUAUAUUGAACGUGAAAUGAAUCAAUUAUCUAAAAACACUGAACACAUUUACAUAGAAAGAGAAUACAGAGACACUUAAUGCAUUGCGAUGAUCAACAGUUUAAACAGUUCGGAUGGAAGGUAAAAUUUUAAAUUUUACCGGCCACCACCAGUCUUACCCUUAGACGGGAUUGGAACACAUUUAGUAGUGGUGUUAGGGGUCGAUUCGCGAUGAGACAUGAGGAAAUUGAGUAUAAAAAAAAACCUACACGAAGCAUUACUACGUGAGACAGAAACAAAAAACAGAGACACAGUUGAAUAAUAUAUUUGCGUAAAAGAUAUACCCUCAAUCGGAUUAAAAAAAACACAAAUAGCAAAAAUAUACGAAAUUAUUAUUACUAUUGUAAAAUGUGAA